AUGUCCUUUCCUUCUUCGACUGCAUCUUCCACUACCAUUGACUCCAUCAUGAAUCAGUCACAGGAAACGAACGAUCCAAGUUUUACAUCGCUCAAAGAUGAACAUGAAGACUUGGCCAGCAUCAGGAUGUCCGAAGAGGAUGGUUUCCUCACAGGAAAGACACUAUAUCGGUCGUCUCAAUCGCGUCCAAUGCACAGGUACGUGUUGUGGAUAAAAUAUCUGCUCGUUGCUUUAGUCUGGAUUGCCUCGAUAGCUGCUGCUGUCUACAUCUCGCGACAAAAGAGUCGCGAACAUUAUGGUCUUGCUGAUAUUUUUGACACCGAGCUAUAUCCUGUACAAUCUGCCAUUGAAGUUCAAAAGGUCCGUUUCCUCGGCAAUCUGGAAUUUGAUGAGAACGGCACUCUCAUCGAGACACUUUGGGAUUCCAAUGCUCCAAGAUAUACUGGUGAGCCGAGCGACGAGCUGGACGCCCGCUGGAAAAGCCUGUUCAGAGUUGAUGGCGUGGACCUUCGCGGCGUUGAGGCCGAAACAAUACGAGGAAAAACUUAUGAGAAGCCUGGAGGAUGGUCAAUCGUUGGCAUAGAUGUUUUCCAUCAGCUACACUGCCUCAACAUGCUUCGCCAGGGUUUGCGCCGCGACUACUAUACCAAACACGACCCAGAGCCUGCUUACACAGUCCACCUAAGUGACACGCCCCAAAACCACCGUGGAUAG